UUCUGUUUAGGAGAUACACCGGUGGGUUUCACACGCCUAAAUCUUAAAUGCAAAGGUUGCUUUUGCAGUUUCCAAUUUUUCAACUUAGUUCAACCACUAAAAGUAUUGCUAGGUCAAUAUCUACAAUAUUUUCCAGAAAAAUGAGCGUUAAAUCAGCACCUUAUGGAUCCUGGACAUCCCCUAUCAGCAGUAAACUUGUGUCCGAGAGUAGUGUUGGGUUUCAGGAAGUUCAUGUUGAUUCACAUCCUGAUCACAAAGACACUGUAUACUGGAGUGAGCUAAGAUAUGAUGAAGGUGGAAGGUAUGUCGUUUGUUCACACAAGGUUGGUCAGGAAGGCUUCCAAACAUGGACUCCAAAAGAAUUCAAUGCAAGGACAAGGGUACAUGAGUAUGGAGGUGGAGCUACUUGUGUAUACAAUGGGAAGAUUUAUUUCAGUGAUUUCAGAGACCAAAACAUGUAUACUCAAAGUUCUCCUAAUGACUGUCCUAUGAUAGUGACAAAUGAUGGAACAGGAUGGAGAUAUGCUGAUGGCCAAUACAGCACUAAGACUGGUCGUAUUUACUGUGUACGUGAGGACCACAGUGGUGUAGAGAAAGGUGAAAGCAAGGAAGCAGUCAAUACUGUUGUAACUAUGAAUGUUGACACAGGGGAUCAAAAUGUUUUGGCAUCAGGGUCAGAUUUCUAUAGCUGUCCUAGGGUGUCACCUGAUGGUAAGAAGAUAGUCUGGGUGCAGUGGAAUCAUCCUAACAUGCCUUGGGAUACAACAGAGCUCUGGGUUGCUGAUUUAAAUGAUUCUGGAGAUGCUGUUGUGGAUGGCACAGCUAGAAAGGUUGCUGGUGGGGAUGAAACCAGUGUGAUUCAGCCAUCUUGGACAUGUGACAAUGAGCUGUUAUAUAUUAGUGACCAGACUGAUUGGUGGAAUCUGUAUCAUGUGACUGCAUCAGGUGACCAUGUGAACCUGUUGCCUAGAGACAAAGAAUGUGGAGGUCCUCAAUGGGUGUUUGGAAGAACACCUUACAUGGUAGAUCCAAGGGGCAAUGGGGACAUUGUCACAGUCUAUGGAUCAGAGCUGGGUAUAUAUAACAUAAAGACAAAGAAAUAUCGAGCUGUGGAGACCGGUUUUGAAAGUCAUGUAUAUGUUAACAUGGCACAGAAUGGCAUGGUAUACUGUGUAGCUGGUAGUCCAACCAAGUUCUCCUGUGUCAUACAAAUCAAUACUGACAAUGGCAAGGUUGAGGUAUUGAGACAAUCAAAGAAGACAACAUUAGACACAGGAUACUUCAGUAUUGCUGAAGAAAUAACAUGGGCCACUACAGAAGGUGAUAUAUCACAUGGGUAUUUUUACCCUCCAAAAAACAAAGACUUCAAGGCUCCAGAGGGCACACUACCACCUUUACUUGUAAAGAAUCAUGGUGGACCUACAUCACAGACAUCUAGUACAUUAGAUAUGAAGAUCCAGUAUUUCACAAGUCGAGGUAUGGCCGUAUUAGAUGUCAACUAUCGUGGUAGUACUGGGUACGGCAAGAAAUACAGACACAGACUACGCAGAAAGUGGGGAGUAUAUGAUCUUGAUGACUCCUGUACUGGUGCCCAGCAUCUAGCAGAUACUGGAAAAGUGGAUGGGAAACAGUUGUGUAUAGAUGGAGGGUCAGCCGGUGGAUAUACAACCCUCGCUGCUAUCACCUUCAGAAAUACCUUCAAAGCAGGUGCUAGUCAUUAUGGAAUAGGAGAUUUGGGUGCACUUGCAUCAGAUACCCACAAAUUUGAGAGUCGUUACCUUGACAACAUGAUAGGACCAUAUGUGACAGAUGAAGAUAAAGCUGUGUACAAAGAGAGGUCACCUAUAAACUAUAUAGAUAAGUUAGACUGUGCUCUUGCCUUGUUCCAGGGAGAUGAAGACAAGAUUGUGCCACCAAAUCAGGCUGAGAUGAUGUAUAAUGCUGUGAAGGCAAAAGGUUUACCCACUAUGUUUGUAUUGUUUAAAGGAGAGCAGCACGGGUUUAGAAAAGCAGAGAACAUUCAGACAGCUCUAGAUGGAGAGUUCUAUUUCUUCUCUAAGGUGUUUGGUUAUGAACCGGCUGAUAAACACAUAAAUCUUCCGAUUGACAACUUGAAGUGAACAGUGAAACGUAUACAGACCUGUGACUAAAAUAUGUUCAAUAAAAACUUUAAAAGUAUUGUGCUGAAAGGGCUUGAACAUUCAGAUUGUGCCAUUAGUGAAAACAAUUAUUCCAAAUGAGAUUCGCUGUAAUUUUUAUACUUGUUAAUUUGUACUUUUGUCCAUCAUACAGGAUUGAAAGAUGAUAUAAAAUAUAUAAUGAUGAUUCUUUGUUAGACUGAACUAUUUGUGUGAAAUAUAAAUGUAUUCACAUAUACUGUUUUGUAUAAUCAGAAAUGAUUUUUGCUCUGAUUUUUUAUGCUGAAAAGUUUAACAUGUCAUUAAUGACUUAUGUAAAUGGUUGUAUUGUUAAAGAUUACAUUUUUUAAUAUCUUGUGUAUUGUGCAAUUAGAUUUAUCGGAUAUAUAAAUAUUAUUAACAUUUAUAUUGUGUUGUUUUACUGUAUUAUCUGCUCUGACAGCUGAAAACAUGUGCUUGAAAUUUAUUCUCAAGCUUCAUUUAAAAUUAUUUUUUAACUAAACGUAUGAUCAUCCUUGAUAUCUUAGGCUGACAUGGUGUAAAGUCUUAUUUGGCUAUUUAAACAAACUGUGGUUUAUCCGUCGGACUAGUUAUCAAAGGAUCUCUGGACCCAGUCACAGUCAAGCAUUUGUUUCAAGAAACUACACUCAUUGCUUGACACAGGUUGGUUCAAGAGUUUGUCUAUAAGGUUAUAUAGCUUGUCUUGCUUCAUACCCAGCUGAACUAACAUACAUUCCGUAUGAACUAACUAGCUUUAUGUUUAUUAUCCCCCGCCGAUGGAAUCUCGGGAGGGGGAUAUAGUUUUGGCGUUGUCCGUCCGUCUGUCCGUCCUUCCUUCCGCCCGUCCGUCCGUCCGAAUUUCGUUUCCGGAGUAGUUCUCUGCAACUACUGGCUGGAAUUCAACGAAACUUUAUGGGAAUCAUCAAUAUCAAGAGGAGAUGCGCAUCUGACCGUCCAUCCGUCCGUCUGUCUGUACGAAUUUAGUUUCCGGAGUAGUUCUCUGCAACUACUGGCUGGAAUUCAACGAAACUUUAUGGGAAUCAUCAAUAUCAAGAGGAGAUGCGCAUAUCGUCGGCUUGUUCCGGUCAGACACUUUAACUCAGAGUUAUUGCCCUUGAUUAGUUAUGUAGUAUGCAUAUAGAGUAAAAAUCGUUUCCGCGCUACUUCUCUGCAACUACUGGCUGGAAUUCAACAAAACUAUGGGAAUCAUCAAUACCAAGAGGAGAUGCGCAUAUCAUCGGCUUGUUCCGGUCAGACACUUUAACUCGGAGUUAUGGCCCUUGAUUAGUUAUGCAGUAUGCAUAUGGAGUAAAAAUCGUUUCCGCGCUACUUCUCUGCAACUACUGGCUGGAAUUCAACGAACUUUAUGGGAAACCUUCAAUACCAAGAGGAGAUGCGCAUGUCGUCGGCUUGUUUGGGUCAGACACUUUUACUCAAAGUUAUGGCCCUUGAUUAGUUAUGCAAUAUGCAUAUGGAGUAAAAAUCAAUUCCAGAGUAGUUCUCUGCAACUACUGGCUGGAAUUCAACGAAACUUUAUGGGAAUCAUCAAUAUCAAGAGGAGAUGCACAUAUCGUCGACUUGUUCCGGUCAGACCCUUUAACUCAGAGUUAUGGCCCUUGAUUAGUUAUGUAGUAUGCAUAUAGAGUAAAAAUCGUUUCCGCACUACUUCUCUGCAACUACUGGCUGGAAUUCAACAAAACUUUAUGGGAACCUCCAAUACCAAGAGGAGAUGCGCAUAUCAACGGCUUGUUCCGGUCAGACACUUUAACUCAGAGUUAUGGCCCUUGAUUAGUUAUGCAGUAUCCAUAUAGAAAAAUAUGUUCCUCACUACUUCUCUGCUACCACCGGCUGGAAUUCAAUGAAACUUUAUGGGAUACUAAGAGGAGAUGUGCAUAUAGUCGCCUUGUUCCAGUCAGAUACUUAUAACUCAGAUUUAUGGCCCUUGAUUAGUUAUGUAGUAUGCAUAUAUAUCAUUGGCAUUUCCAGAUUUUACUAUUUAACACAAAGUUAUGGCUCUGUUAUUUCCCUGAAUAUUUAUCAAGUUCAAAGAAUAUUACUGUUUAUGCCAUGAUUAAUAUAUAAAUAAAGCCUUAUGUCUUCAGUUGUUGUGUUAAUAAUAACCAGUACUCGGCGGGGGAUUUAAUUCAACGAAUUUGCUUGUUUGCAUAUCUAUGUGUUAAACAAUGAGAACUUGUAUCACUUGACCAUGGUCUUAAAUAGAGAAAGAUUGUACAUG